GAAUCACUGAAUCAGGGCCAGGCGUCAGCUAGCAGAUCGAUCCACGUUUCUCAUUCAUUUCGGAGCUGUGGGGCGGCCAUGUGGUGACAUGGGCAUGGGGAAUGUAGAGCUUGCAGGACGCUCUAGCCGGUUUGCUGCUGUUGUUGCUGUAACGGAUGGCUGAAAAGUAGAUGUGAGCCGAGCAGGAGCUAUUUUUGGUGCUGUGUCGCCUUCCGUAAUAGAAGCGCUGGGUGCAAUAGGAUCUAGGAGCGCUUCUCAGGCGCCAACAGCAGUAAUUCCGUGCGCUGCCGGUCCAUGUCGCGGACAUGGGAGAGCAAUCGCAUUCGAGCCGUCACGCGGUGCUCGUUUGUUGGCGGAGGCGCUGAGAUGGGGCAGACGUCCCAGGAUUAUGACGUGGUGGAGGAGAUAGGAACAGGUUCCUAUGGCAUCGUCUACAAAGCCAGGGACCAAGUGUCCGGCUUGGUCGUUGCGCUCAAGCAAAUUCGCGUCCAAGGCAGUGCGUCCGGAGUACCUGCUACCACGUUCCGAGAAAUCGGCUUGCUGAAGCGCCUGUGCCGACUACGAUGUCAACUGGUCGUUAAAUUGCUGAAUGUGAUCACGACACCUCUACCAGAGAAUAGCGACAUCCAGAUCACGCUGGUCUUUGAGCAUGUUGAGCAAGACCUGGCAUCAUUCAUUAGCAGUUUCCCACCACCUUGCCUGCCCGACGAGCUCGUAAAGAGCAUCGAGUUCAAGAUCCUGAAGGGUUUGGACUUCCUGCACUCGAAUCGCAUUGUGCACCGGGACCUGAAACCGCAGAAUGUACUUGUGUCCGACCGUGGCCAGGUGGUGAAGCUGGCUGAUUUUGGUCUGUCCCGUAUGUACUCGUCCAACUCUGUGCUGACAACAGUGGUCGUUACUCUGUGGUACCGAGCACCGGAGGUUCUGCUGAAUGCAGCCUACGCAACUCCAGUGGACAUCUGGAGUGCGGCAUGCAUCUUUGCCGAGCUAGCCUCGAGAACGGCUCUCCUACAGGGCAACACAGAGCUGGAACAGCUGAGAAAGAUAUUCCGGCUUCUGGGAAGUCCAGCAGAGGAGGCUUGGCCGCAGUCAUCGUCAAUUCCUUGGCGUAGCUUUAGCGGAGAAGCAGGUGUGCCACUCUCCACUGCUGUACCAAACUUGACCGGCAACGGUCAGGAUCUGUUGAGGGAAAUGCUGAGAUUCGAUCCAACACAGCGAAUAACUGCCCAGGACUCUGUGAACCACGUCUACUUUGAGGGAAUGUCGCUUCCUUAACCGUGGAGCAUAGCACCCCAGCCAUGCCUGAUGCGAGUCGCUUGUACAGCAACCUUGCUGUGCAGGAUGGGCGGCUAGCUUGAUCGUUGAGCUGUUGAAAUCAUACCAGUGCAUCUAGCCUCCAUGCAGAGUGCUCCUGUGCAGCCUGCUGAGAUGCUGUAGUUGUACACAUGCCCGUGCACACAGUGGGCAUACUCACCUGCAUCCCUAUGGUGAAUCUACAGUGCGAGACAUAGCACAGCAGUUUGCUGCCUUCCAUAGGGCACAGUGCCCUGGAUUGCAGCAUGUGACAGCAACACAUGCGCAAUACAUGCGCCCAUCGGCAGCAGCAGCUGUUGAGCUGCGACCAAAACUUAACAUGCACCAGCAUGGGAACUGGCAGCUGCGGCCACACCAUUCUCUUCUCUCUCUCUCUCUCUCUCUCACUCUCUCUCUCUCUCUCUCUCUCUCUCUCUCUCUCUCUCUCUCUCUCUCUCUCUCUCUCUCCCUUGCUUUGUAUCUCACACUACCUGAUCUCUCCCUCUUCUACUCUUCUACUCUUCUACUUGCCAGUUUCUGGCAACCACUGCCCUGUGUAGCUCACACUUGCUAUGCAUCAACAGAUGGGGUGCCGAGAGAGGGCGGUACAAUCCCAUGCAGCUGCUGAGCCUCCUUGAGUUAUUUGAGCUAUGACCCACAAUGCCACUACUGCCGCUCAGGCUAACCUUGCAUUGACAAUCUUGAGAUCUGAGAGUACAACAAUGUGUAUCUUA